AGAAAAAAAUAAAAAAAAAAAGAGACAAAAUUAUUAUACUAGUAAGGUGGGAUAUCCCCCAGUCAAAAAUAAUAAUAUUAAUAAUAAUAAUAAUAAUAAUAUGAAUAGUGAAAAUUAUAAAGAUGUAGAUAAAUAUUACAAUGAAUCCUUCAAUUACAUUGUGGAUACAAAUAAUCCUUCUUUGGAUGAACAAGUAUUAAAAAAGGCUUUUCUAGUAUUUAAAAAAUUGGAUAUAAAUAAAAAUAAAUAUAUUGAUUAUAUUGAAUUUGAAAAGAAUGUAAAUAUCCUAUCAAAAAUGAAUGAAAUAAAUAAGAAAAUAUUAAGAUAUCUGUUUGAUAUGUUUGAUAUAGACAAAGAUAAAAAAUUAAAUUAUAUCGAAUUUUUAUCAUUAAAUUCAUAUGAUUUUAAUUAUAUAAAAUUAGUACAUAUAAUAUUUGAUCAAGAUUAUGUAGUUGAUAAACGAAUCAUAAUUGAAUAUCUACAAAUUUAUAUAACAGAAUUUUUAGAAACUGUUAUAGAAGAAGAGAAACAUAAAUAUCUAAGAAAACAUCAAUUAAUAGAAUAUUAUACAAAUCUUUUUUAUAUAAAUAAUAAAAAAAAAUGGGAUUUAAAUGAAGAUGAUAAAUUACAAAUAGAAGAAUUUCCUAAUUUCCAAUUAACCCUAUUAAUAGAAAUAGAUAUCUUAUCUAACUUUAUACAAAUUGAUAAUAAUUUAGAUGGACAUAUCGACCCUUCAGAGUUAUUAUAUUAUAUAAAUGAUGAUAAAAUUGUCUUUAAUAAAUUUAAAAAAUAUAUUAAACAAAAUAAAAAUGAAAAGGACAUUUUUAAGUUUAUGAAGGAAGAAUUAAAUAUAUCAGAAGGGUUGUUUUUAAAUAUAAAAUAUUUAUAUUAUUCCUUUGAUAUAAACAAUGAUAUGUUAUUAAAUUUUUACGAAUACAAAGAUCAACUUACUACGUUUGCAGUUCUCGAUUCGGCUCCAGACAUAGUAUACGCCACAUGA